AUGUCGAAUCCAGCACAAGCACUCGUUCAAUAUUUUACGACGCGAUUCACCCGUUUGUCUUCGUUUACACAUCAGUAUAAACUUCGUCAAAAGAUAAAAAAAUGGCGUCCUUUGAAAUGCACGGCACUGGAACAUCUACCAAAUGAAAUUCUUCUAGAAAUCUUUAGUUAUUUAACUCUGAUUGAUAUUCACACCUCAUUUUACGAUUUAAAUACUCGUCUCAAUCAAUUGAUUAUUUUUUCAUGUCUUCGUGGCUUUAUUAUACAUACGACAAAAGAAAAUAACCUCUAUCUCAAACAUAUUCUACCUCAUAUACCUUCUUGCCAAAUCAAUACGCUUAAAUUAUGGCACAACAGUUCCUAUGAACAGCUAUUAAAUGAAUUUCCGGUAAAUCUGUGUCAAGUUCAUACAUUGGUCCUACGCGGAUUGAAGAAUCUUUCAUUUUAUCAAUGUCGACAGUUGUUAAAACAUUUUCAGUAUUUACGAACAUUGACAAUGAUCGAUUUUCAUACAGCUGAACUUGACUGGCUCGAUGAUGAGACAUGGAAAACUCUGAUUGAAAGUGAUUUACCAUUUCUUCGUCAUCUCGACGUUCGAAUAUGCGUCAUUUAUCACAAACAGAUCUACGAUGAUGAUAAGGAUAAUAUCAUUUACAGUUUUACGUCAAGAUAUGCUCGACCAACCUACCGUUUAUACACGGGAAGUUUAUUGAAGAAAAAUCCUAUCUUAGAAAUAUGCUUAACAAUUGAUCAAGUUUUUCCUUUACGAUGA